GUAAGAGUAUAUAACUAGCAACCCAAUUGGUUUUUGGAGCACAGGUAGUUCAUACUUGUCCAUCAAGUGGUGUGGUUCGGAGAAAGGCAUUUUCACGGAAGGUUGUAAGGCAAAAAGGAACAUGACAAUCACAUAUGUAACGGCUGGUCCGAAUGGCGAAGAACCAUUUACAACUACGAAUCGAGAGGAGGUUUAUAUCCCCAAGGCACCUCCUCCACAGCCACCGAUUCAAAGGGGUUCCAUCAUUACUAAUCUAGGGUCCUUGCGGCAAAUCAACAAGCAACUUAAUGUAGCCUGUGCAGUGUUUUUCCUGUUUGUCUACGGCGGCAUGGACUUUGCCCACAGUGCUGGCUGGAAUCAGACCCUGAACACCACCGCCACGCAGGUUUUCAAAUGCAGUUGGUUCAUUGGAGUUCUGGCCGGAGCUGCAGUGGCCUCCCUGGCCAUGACCUUUCUGCCGAAGAUGACCUUCUACGUCCUUGGAGGUACAAUGCAACUCAUUGGAUCGAUUAUUUUCACCUGUGCCCCCUUUCAUUACGGAUGUCUGCUGGCUGCUCGCUAUGUGGCCGGAGCAGGAAUCGGAUUGAUCACGGUUCCCUUCCUCAUCCACAGUGCCGAAGUGGCCUCGGACAACUACCGCGGGGUCAGCGGGUCAAUGGAGCAGUGUGGCCUGGCUUUGGGCAUUGCCAUUCAGGUUAUCUACGAUACCCAAUGGGUGGAUGACAAGGAGGCAUCCGUCAACGAGGUUCAUGGGAUCAUUGGUAUUGUGUUUUCCCUUCUAGGACUUGGAAUGACAGUUCUCUCGAUAGAGUCGCCCAUCUUCCAUCUGCGUCGCAAGCAGGAGGAAGAGGCCCGCGAAUGUCACAGGAAACUAUUGGGAAGCUUCAACAACUCGGAAGACCUGGCAUACGAGGAGGUCAGGCUCUACGUGGAGGAGGGCCACAAGAGAACCUUCUUCCAGGAGCUUUGGAGCUCAGUGGUGCCCUUUAUAAAAAUGCUGCUCUAUCGCGGUUUCGUGGCCUUCUCAUUUUCCAUGCCCCUCUCCGAGUCCCUGAUCAAGAGUGCCCUGCUGACUGAGGGAUAUAUCUCCUGUUGGCCAGUCACAGUUUGGGGAUUGGUUCGUCUCCUUGGAACUCUGGUUGCCCAGGGAUUUCUGGACAAGAUGGGCCGCAAGCUCAUCUCGCUCGUGGGCCUACUCUGCAUGGCCAUCCUGAUGCUUUGCAUGGCUGUCUCCUAUGCAGAUCCAGCUAACGUACUCCUCACCUACUACAUGAACCAGGUGUGGAAGCUGGGAGUAGCUUUCCAGGCCUUCGCAGGACUCUUCGUCUGCAGCUCAUCGGUCUACCUCGGCGAGGCCUUUCCCAUGAAAGUGAAACCCUUACUCGUGGGAUAUAUCGUUGGCUUUGAGCAGACGGUCCACAUCAUCAAUAUUGUGGGCUACAAUCGGGGUUACGAGACUUUCUUCUACCAUUACUACUUAUCUGUGGGAACCAUCCUCUUUGUUGGCGUAAUUUUCUUCGUACUCGUAAUUCCGGAAACAAAAAAGAUAACGCUGCGUGAAGCUAGAAAGCGAUUCCAGCGUUUGCACAACAUAAGACUAUUUUAGUAAAUUGAAAAACCAAAUAUAUAAACUGCAAAAAUUAAAUUCGAACUGGGUUAAGUUAAAAACUAUUUCAAUCAAA